AUGAGUGUAAAGAUGCUUCUCUACAUGACCUUGUCCUUAUGGAUAAUGAGAACAGUGGUGUUCGCUAUACGUUUGUCGAAGCCAAACUGUCCAGAAAGUAGUGGAAAUGUCAAGAUUCCCUUUCCUUUCGGAAUUGGGCAAGAAUGUAGUGCCAAUUCAUCAUUCACAAUUGACUGUCGAAACUUCACUAAUUUUGAGAUACCUUUCUUGAGUAGCCUCAAUCUGGAAGUGCUAGAAGUUAACCUGACGCAAGGUCUAGUCGUGACGAACCAGCCCGUGUCACCCAUGAAUUGCUCCUCUGAAGAGAAGUAUCUGUCUUUGGGAAAAUCAUUGCUGGAAACUCCUUUUAUUUUCCCAAAAUUCUAUAAUGUAUUGAUGGUGUUAGGCUGCAAAAAUGUGGUUUCAUUGGUUACAAAUAAUAAGAUUGCUGGAGGAUGCAUGGCCAUUUGUGGAUCUUCAGGAUAUAAUCUUACAGACACCGACUGCAACGGCCUUGGCUGCUGCAAGAUAGAUAUCCCAGAGCAGCUCAAGGAACAACAAAUAAUUUACAGCAGCACAGACACCAGUACCGAUAGCUUUUGUGGAUAUGCCUUCCUGGUUGAAGAUUAUUGGUUCCGGAAUAAUUCCCGGAAGUAUAAAGGCCUUCAAGAUAACUUGUCUAACCCAUUUGACAAAGAGUUUGUACAUGCACCUGUAGCACUUGGCUGGGAAUUCCCAAUAGCUGAUCUUGACUGGGGAUAUUGCAACUAUAGACUUUUCAGUUACUCUUUUGGUACGCAAGAUUACUCCUACACUAAAACGUGUAAAUGCAGGUACGGCUUUGAAGGAAAUCCUUAUCUAGAAAAGGGGUGCCAAGAUAUUGAUGAGUGCAUGGAUCCAACCCUGAAUCACUGUGGAAAUGUGACAUGCAUCAAUGUAGAUGGGUAUUAUAGAUGUGGCAAGAAAUCUUGUGUAAAAAUGGCACUUAUUGGCAUUGGCGCAGGGCUUGGUGCACUAGUUUUACUCGUUGGCGCUUGGAAGUCAUACAAAGGAUCAUCUGUUCAAGAUAAUCUUGGUGACACAGAACCCCACUCAAUUAUCGAGGUGUCUGAGGUUUAUGAUUUUGCAUCCAUCUCAGGAAGCAUCAAUUUCGAUAAUAUUACAAUCCCCUCAACAUCUGAGAUGUUUUGUGCAUAUUCGUCUGUUACAUUUGCCACAGUAUAUGCAUUUAACGAUCAAGUCCUAAUACACAAGUAUUUGGUUCGUUGA